AUGGCUUUCAACCCGGAACUUUCGAAUACCAUCACAAUGCAUCCUCAUCCUUUCCACCCAAAUCCCAUUCGCUCCGAGCAUUCACAGUCACGGUCGGAGAAUCACACGCCACUUCAAGCAAACACCUCGACAAAGCCUGGCGCCACGACAGCCUUCGAGCCCGUGGCCCCGCAAGAUGAAGCCCACGACCCAGUAUCCAGACAUACAUCUCACGGAAUGCAAGAUCUCGAAGACCAGCGCCCUCCCCAAUACACCCGUGAAAAUGACCCCUACCAGCUGUCCUCGGCCUUGAAGAACGAGAAUCAGCUCCGCGACAUCGCAGCCAACUCGUCGCGCAAGAGAGAUGGAUGCGGCCCCAUCAAAUUCAACAAAGAUGCCUACCAGGCACGCAAGGUCCAGAAGUUCUACGAGACGCAGAACGAGAACAUACAACGUAUGCUUAAGCCCGUCGAAGACCACCUUGCAGAAGCAAAGCAAGAAGCAGGCGACGACCAUCUACAAUUCCAAAUCGCAGUCUACGCCUCAUUCGCCGCGAACAUUGCACUCGCAGGCCUGCAGCUAUACGGUGCUAUCUCCUCUGGCUCACUCUCCCUCUUCACGACCAUGGCUGAUGCUGUCUUUGACCCUUUGUCCAACGUUACCCUUAUUGUCACAAACCGCGCUGUCAAAAGAGUAGAUCCAAACCGUUUCCCGUCUGGAAAAGCACGGCUGGAGACGGUGGGCAAUAUCGCCUUCUGCUUUAUCAUGACAGCUGUAUCCUUCAUCCUCAUAGCAUUUUCGAUCCGCGAGCUCGUUGAAGGAAAUCAAGGCGUGCUCAAAUUCCAUCUCCCGUCCGUCAUUGCCGUCGCUGUUGCGUUUGCCACUAAAUUCGCGCUCUGGCUUUAUUGCUGGGCGUUGAAAGACAAGUAUUCGCAGAUCAAUAUCUUGUGGCAGGAUCACAGGAACGAUUUGUUCAUCAAUGGGUUCGGUAUAUUGACGUCCGUGGGAGGUUCAAAAUUGGCAUGGUGGAUUGAUCCUAUGGGAGCUAUUAUACUCUCAUGCGUCAUUUCUUGUAUCUGGCUGCAAACCGCGUUCUCGGAGUUCUUGCUCCUCGUCGGUGUCACUGCAUCUGUGGAUACGCAACAACUCAUCACAUACGUCUGCCUCACCCAUUCGCCCGACAUCGAAGGUAUCGAUACCGUUCGAGUCUAUCACAGUGGACCGAGACUCAUUGCUGAAGUUGAUGUGGUGAUGAAUGCCAACAGGAGUCUGAGAGAGACACAUGAUGUCGCUGAGGAGUUGCAGAUUAAGCUGGAGAGUCUUCCGGAUGUGGAGAGGGCGUAUGUGCAUGUCGAUUACGAGACGACGCAUAAGCCAGAGCAUGCUUAUAAGAAGGAUCUCUGA